CCCUGAAGUGUUCAUAUGUCUAUUUAAAUCAAAACUUACAUAUUUUGUUUUUCUAUAUUCCUUAAAGUCGUAAUUUGUAAUUAAAAAGAACGACGCAUCGAAUAAACUUAUUAAUCAUUAAAAUUGUACCAAUUCACUAUGAUUACGAAUUUUGACAAACUGUGCGGAGAAUUAGAAAAACAAGAAUUAGAGGCCCCUAAUGGAGUUGCGUCGCCUACAACCUAUUCUCAACUAUUAGCCAUAUAUUUAUAUCAAAACGAUUUAUGUAAUGCAAAAUUUUUGUGGAAAAGGAUACCUCAAAAUGUCACAAGCAGUAAUCCAGAAAUAGCAGCAGUGUGGGCAAUUGGUCAAAUGCUUUGGAAGAAGGACUUGCCUGGUACAUACCAGGCCUUAGCAGCUUACGACUGGACAGAACCGGUUGCAAACAUUAUUAGAGCACUUGAAGAAAAAGUGAGAGAGAGAGCAUUUAAUUUAAUCGGCCGUUCCUAUAGCUCCAUCUCACUUGACACUGUGGUUGCUAUGACUGGUUUGAGCAGAGACGCAGUAUUGCACUUGUGUCGAGACCGCAAGUGGACAUUAAAUGAAGACAAUAUUACAAUCCAACCAACACCUCCAACACAGCCUGCACCUUUACAUACCUCCAGUGAGGAUCAGCUCUUCAAACUUACAGAAUUUGUGUCUUUCUUAGAAAACUAAACUGCGAGGUCAUAAAGAGCACGGUGCCUUUUGCAAUGACUCCGGAGCCCAAUACUACGACGAAGGUGACGAGAUACGCCAGCACCUUGAGCAGCCGUACAGUGAACUCCAGACAUUUCUGACUUUCCAUCGACCCACUGUCCUGCUUCGGCGGGAACUCUCGGAACACGUCCCAUCCUUUUGUUUCGUGCACUGUUCUUUGGCUGUAAUAAAUAAAAAAAAUACAUUAUGCA